AUUUAUUUUACUGACAGGACAUGUUGAGGCUCAAUGAACCACACAAGAACAUCAUCGUCUAUUCUUCUGUCACAACUGUCACGAUCCCGCCACUUUACCACAAUUCUCACACUCCAUCUCCUUCAUUCAAUGAUUCCACUUGGUUUCAAAGUGAGCAUAGAAAAAAAAAAGAUUCAUUUGGUUUGAGUCUCUUUCACUUUUACACCCCUCACCGUCUUCUAGUUCCAUGUAACACCACGUCGCAAGAAAACAAAACCAAUAAGGGAGGUGGUGAGGAAAAUAUGGAGCACUUUGUUGUGGUGGUCCUCAGUUCUCUCUCUCUAACACUUUCCUCCUUUAUAUAAUUCCUUUGCCAUCACCCUAUUGCAGCCAUUCUUCCAUAUGGAGGGGUUGGAGCCAAAGGUGGUGGUGAGGGGUGAGAGGUUGAAGAGGGAUAUGGUAGAUUGUGGUGAUAACCAAAAAGGGUACGUGGAGCUUCGGCAGGAGAAGAAGAAGAAGAAGAAAGGCGAGGAAGGGAAGAAAGGGUGUGUUGAUGGUGGCAUGCUGUGUUGUCAAGCGGAGAAGUGCAACGCGGAUCUGCAUGAGGCCAAGCAAUACCACAGGAGGCACAAGGUGUGUGAGUGUCAUGCCAAGGCUCAGGUUGUGCUUGUUCAUGGCACCAAACAACGGUUCUGUCAGCAAUGUAGCAGAUUCCACGAGUUGUCAGAAUUUGAUGAUGCAAAAAGAAGUUGCCGCAGGCGUUUGGCUGUACACAAUGAACGGAGGAGAAAGAACUCUUGUGAUCAAUCUCAAGCAGAAGGGUCAAGCCACCACAAAGGGUCAGAGGUCCCUCAAAUGAAGGACAUUGCUUGUGGUCAGGCUAAUGAUAGGGGAAGAACUCAUAUAACGAUACAAGAAAAUUCUGCUUACAAAAAGUUUCAAAUAAGAUAAGAUCUGCUUUUGUCCUUAAGUUGCUCUCUCUCUUCUGUCAUCUUGGUGAUGGAUUGGUGAAACAGUUUCUGUGUCACAUUCACGCUGAAGAUUGCAUUUAGAUAAAUAACUUCAAAAAUAAAACUAACAUAAUGGUGUUGCAGUAAAUUAUGCACUUCUUCCCAUUAUGUUCAACCAUUAUGCUUGACAUAUCUUAACAUAAUACUCUAUGUUUUGUGCUACAUGCCUUGCAUUAUGUGCUAAGCAGCGAAAUUUUUUAUUUGGUUA